AUGCCGUUAAAAAAAAAGGAGCUUUAUAUAGAAAAUGAGAUUGAAAUCAUUAAUAAAUUCAUUCGUGAUAAGUACCGCCUCAAGUUUCCUGAGCUCGGGUCUCUUGUGCACCACCCUAUCGAUUAUGCACGUGUGGUCAAGAAGAUAGGGAAUGAAGUUGACUUAACCCUUGUGGAUCUUGAAGGGCUGCUGCCAUCAGCCGUCAUUAUGGUUGUUUCUGUUACGGCAUCUACCACCAGUGGGAAACCUCUUCCUGAGGAUGUUCUUCAGAAGACCAUCGAGGCUUGUGAUCGAGCCCUUACACUGGAUGCAUCAAAAAAGAAAGUUCUGGAUUUUGUUGAAAGCAGAAUGGGCUACAUUGCUCCGAAUCUUUCUGCCAUUGUUGGGAGUGCGGUUGCUGCCAAACUCAUGGGGACAGCUGGCGGUCUUUCGUCACUAGCAAAGAUGCCGGCAUGUAAUGUUCAGAUUCUAGGUGCCAAAAAGAAGAAUUUGGCUGGUUUUUCUACUGCAUCAUCUCAUGAGGAAAUUCGCGAGAAGAUUGAAAAGUGGCAAGAGCCGCCUCCUGCAAAGCAACCUAAACCACUUCCAGUCCCUGAUUCUGAACCUAAGAAGAAAAGAGGUGGUUGUCGCCUACGUAAGAUAAAGGAGAGAUAUGCUAUUACGGAUAUGCGAAAGUUGGCAAACAGAAUGCAGUUGGAAUUCCUGAAGAGAGCUCACUUGGAGCCUUGA